UGAGAUUAUCCAAGUCAUUGAGAAGGAACUCAAUCUGCGUGUCUGUUUGAUGCUGCCAGGUGAAGUGGAGUUUGAUACCAGAGGGAAAGAAUGCAAAUUUUCAUCAUACAUUAUCAACUUUUCUGAUAUCAACGAUAUGAAAGAAUUGUGGAAAUUGGCUUUCGAGAAGGGGAAAGCCCGAAAAGCAGAAUACAUCGCCAAGAGGAAUUGUGAUUUAGUAUCUCAUCAUGUGGAGACCAGCAGCGCAGAUGAACCUGCUGCUGAUGAGGUACAGAAGGAGGCGGACGAGGAAGAGGAGGGGAAAAAGAAUCACUACCACAAAAGGGAAGAGAGUAUUGUAGAGAGCAAAGAAGAUUGCCGCGGUGAGCCUAAAAAGAAGCCAAGGUUGAACUGGAAUGCAGAUAUGCAUCAGAGAUUUGUGCAGGCUAUCCAGAAGUUAGGCUAUGACAAGGCUGUUCCAAAAAAGAUAGUUGAGCUUAUGAAUGAGCCAGGGUUGACAAGAGAGCAUGUUGCCAGCCAUCUGCAGGUCUGUGUGUUUCAUUCAUGUCCUGCAUAUGUUGCCUAUGAGUUAUAAUAUUUUUUGCACUUGUGAGGAUUUUUCUUUUGUGCAUGUUAGUUGUUUAUAUUUAUUUAUUUAUUUAUUUAUUCAUUCAUUCAUUUACUUUUAAGCGCAUUAAUUCUGUUGUAUAUAGUUGCGGUCUUUAAUUAACUUUUAUAUUUUCAGUAAUUAAAUGCUUAUUUCAGUUCUUGUAUUGUUGUACAUACACGCAACCUGUGAUUCAUAUCAGAAUUGAGUGUAUAUAUGUUUUUAGUAUGUACAUUUUAGUUAAUGUUACAUAUUUAGAAAAACAA